AUGGCAUCUCGAGAGCGCGGAAAAAAGCCUCGCCUCGGCGCAUCACCUACCAAGAACAACACAGAGCGCGAUCGUCGGGCUCAGCGCAGGACAGCGGUGCGUGAGCAAGCUCUGCGCGAUCAAGUUCUCAAAGAACAAGCUCUUCAUAGUAAAGCUCGCCGUGCUAAGAUCACUGAGAUGAACACACUCAAUUCGCCCCUCCUUCGUCUUCCGGCCGAACUGAGAAACGUCAUCUUCGCCUACGUCUUCAGCGACAACGUGUACCUGUUCGAUGGCAGCAAUGUGUAUCGCAAAUACACCGCUUCAACGACUUCAUUCGACGAGAACAACCUGGGCGUGCUUGUUGCGUCGCGCCAACUGCACGCCGAGACAGCCCUGCUUCCUUAUCAACUCGCCUCCUUCCAUUUCAAGUUCAGAGUUUCCAAGGUCGAAUGGUCAUACUGUGUGGAGAGGUUCGUGAAGAACAGAACUAAAGAACAAGAGCUGGUUCUGGACAAAAACAUGAUGGUCAGCCAGUUCGGGAAGUACGCAGGAGGUCAUCGAUACUACCAUGGCACAUCAGCUUGGGUCAAUCCAUAUUAUAUGGAAAGGGAACUAGAAACAUAUUCGAGUUGGGGCCCCGACGAACAGUUGCUCGCGGUCAGCGAUGCGGGUAUGCAAUAA